AUGUUCUCAUUCAGGCCAGGUAAAAUAAGUAGUGGCUGUGUCCUCUCUGCUGACUGUUAUGCCAGGUUUUGCCGACUGCGAGGCGACAACGUGGCUUACAUCUGCGGUACAGACGAGUAUGGCACUGCAACGGAGACCAAAGCUAUAGGGGAAGGUCUAACCCCACAGCAAAUCUGCGACAAGUACCACAAAAUCCAUUCAGACGUCUACAAGGAUUUCAACAUCAGUUUUGAUUAUUUUGGACGCACAACGACUCCAAGCCAGACUGAGAUAGUUCAUGAACUGUUCUGGGACUUGGAGAAAGAGGGCAAGAUUUCAAGGGAGUCCAUGGAGCAGCUUUUCUGUGAGCAUUGCUCUCGUUUCUUGGCGGAUAGAUUCGCUGAGGGCACAUGUCCUCAUGUUGGCUGUGGGUACGAGGACGCCCGAGGUGACCAGUGCGAUGGAUGUGGUAAGCUCGUGAAUGCUGUGGAUCUCGUCAAUCCUCGCUGCAAACUCUGCUCCAAGACUCCAAAGAUUAAAUCUUCCAAUCACCUUUUUAUAGAUUUGCCUAAAAUAGAAGGUAAAUUGCGUGAGUGGUUUGUGGAAUCCUCUAAAAACUGGAGCAGCAACGCAAGUAUUAUCUGCAACACGUGGCUUCGUGAUGGACUCUUGGCACGAUGCAUCACCCGAGACCUGAAGUGGGGUGUACCCGUGCCACUUGAGGGAUACGACGAUAAAGUUUUCUAUGUGUGGUUUGAUGCUCCCAUUGGCUACCUUAGCAUCACCAAGGAGUAUACCAAAGACUGGGAAAUGUGGUGGAAGAACCCCGACCAAGUUAACCUUUAUCAGUUCAUGGCUAAAGACAACGUGCCGUUCCACGGCAUAAUUUUCCCUUGUACUCUCACCGGAAGUCCUAAGCCAUGGACCCGAGUGACGCACCUCAUGGCGACUGAGUACCUCAACUACGAAGACGGGAAAUUCUCCAAGAGUCGUGGCGUGGGUGUCUUCGGUGACCAGGCAAUGAAAACUGGCAUUCCGAGCGACGUGUGGAGGUUUUAUUUGCUGUACAUUCGACCUGAGUCCCAAGACACUGUGUUUUCAUGGGCUGAUCUUCAGAUGAAGAAUAAUACUGAAUUGCUUAACAACUUGGGCAACUUUGUUAACAGGUCUUUGAAGUUUGUGAGCCAGUUUUAUGAUGGUUUGGUUCCCGAAGCAAAGCCAAAUGAAGACGACUUCAAAGUAAUGGCAGCUGUGAAUCAUGAGCUUUUCAAUUACCACAAUGCUCUUAGUAACGUCAGACUACGUGAUGGACUACGCCACAUCCUUGCCAUGACAAGGAUAGGCAACCAAUACAUCCAGGACAACGAACCUUAUAAACUUAUCAAACCUGAUCGAUCUACUGAAGAUAAAGAGCGAGGUGCCAGCGUCAUUUCAGUAUCUGCAAACCUUGUGUUUCUAGUUGCUGUGUGUCUGCAGCCAUACAUGCCCGACACAUCUGCCAAGAUUCUGCAGAUAAUGAACCUUCCUGAUGCCACACAUUGGCGCCUGCCCACCGCGUUACCUCACGCUGUGCCUUCUGGCUGCAAAGUCACAAAACCUGAGCCUCUCAUCAAGAAGAUAACCGAUGAAGAACUGCAGCAGUGGCAGCUUCAAUUCAAGGGCACAGAUGACAGCGCGGCUAAAUGUCAAGUCAAGAAGAAUUCAGCCGUUGUUCUUCCAGCUAUAGUUAAUGUUGAUAUCGAAAGCCUCAAAAAGAUGAUUGAUGAACAGGGAGACAAAGUUCGAGCAUUAAAAGCCGGAGGAGCGUCCAAGGCAGACAUAUCAGCAGACGUUGCUACGCUGCUGCAGCUGAAGAACCAGCUUGCGCAAGCCCAGGGCGCCCCUGCCGUCCCUCCUGCUAAAGACAAGAAGCAGAAGAAGGCUCGUAAGUUUUCAUUCAACACGGUACUUGCAUAUCAGGGCGAAGCAGUGCGCACUCUCAAGAGCAGCGGCGCCUCCAAGGACGCCGUUGCUGCCGAAGUCACUAAGCUACUGCAGCUCAAGUCCGAGCUCGCUGUUGCCUUAGGUGUAGACGUGUCAUCCCUCUCAGCGCCUAGCAAAUCCAGCAAGAAAAAGAAAUAACAUCUUGAAUAUUUAAUUCUCAGCCUUUUAAAGCCACUCAGAUACCUAUUUUAUUACCUAAUUGGCACUGAAGAAACUGCUCCAAUGUCAUGGCAAAUCAUCUCUUGGAAUAAGAGCUUUUUUUAUGGUCUAGUAAUGCUUGUAUUUGUUAUUUAUUGUAUUCUAGUUACACUCGUCGUUUGGUAUAAAAAAAUGUGACAAAAAAAUUUUUGUGACUUCUAGUUUUGUUUGCGAGGUAAUUCUCCUAUGGUGAUUUGUUAUGCUAAAAAAUUGUACGUGUUCAUGACGAGUGUUCUUGUUUAUUUUGUUACUCCAUAAAUACUUGAGAAGACUUGUAUGCGAUAGAAAACUGCGAAACGUCAUUUUUUAUUUUCCAUAUUUACAUACAUUUUCUCGGGUGUCA